AUGAAUAAAUGGGAAUAUUAAAAUGUGUUUAUAAAUUCUUAAAACCAUAAAUAUCUUUAUUUUAUAUUAGUGAGUCAUCAUCAUAAGGCCCAUGACAUAGCAAAGGUUGCAGCAGCUAGAUUGAAUGCAGCUGCAGCUACAAGGAAUUAUAAUGUGACACCUAGAGUUGAUUAUAGAACAGUUGUGAAGGUGGAUGGCCCAUUAGUUAUUUUGGACAAUGUGAAAUUCCCAAGAUAUGCAGAAAUUGUUAAUGUUUGUUUAGGAGAUGGAUCAGUGAGAAAAGGUUAAGUUUUGGAAAUUGCAGGAAAGAAAGCUGUCGUUUAAAUCUUUGAGGGAACAUCAGGAAUUGAUAAUUUAUACACUCAUUGUGAAUUCACAGGUUCAACACUCUAAAUGCCAAUCUCUGAGGAGAUGCUUGGAAGAGCAUUCAAUGGAUCAGGAGUUCCCAUCGAUAAAGGUCCCCCUGUAUUGGCAGAAGAGUUUUUAGAUAUUCAGGGUCAACCAAUCAAUCCAUUUUCCAGAGUAUAUCCCUAAGAAAUGAUUCAAACAGGUAUUUCAGCUAUUGAUUGCAUGAACUCAAUUGCUAGAGGAUAAAAAAUUCCUUUGUUUUCUGCUAAUGGUUUGCCACACAACGAAAUAGGAGCUUAAAUUGUGCGUUAAGCUUCAUUGGUAAAAGGAAAGGAUGUUCUUGAUCAUUCUGAUGAAAAUUUUGCAAGUUGUCUUUGGUGCAAUGGAUUUUUCUAAACAGAUUUUGAGUAAAAUGGUUCUAUGGAAAGAGUCGUAUUGUUCAUGAACUUGGCUAAUGAUCCAACAAUUGAAAGAAUUAUUACUCCAAGAUUGGCAUUAACAACUGCAGAAUAUUUGGCUUACGAGAAGGAAUUACACGUGUUGGUUAUCUUAACAGAUAUGUCAGCCUAUGCAGAUUCACUAAGAGAAGUCUCUGCAGCCAGAGAAGAAGUACCAGGAAGACGUUCUUUCCCUGGUUAUUUAUAUACAGAUCUUUCAACUAUUUAUGAGAGAGCAGGUAGAGUCUAAGGCAAAAAUGGAUCAAUCACUCAAAUCCCUAUUUUGACAAUGCCUAAUGACGAUAUUACACAUCCCAUCCCAGAUCUUACAGGAUAUAUUACUGAAGGACAAAUUUUCAUUGAUAGAUAAUUGAAUAACAAAUAAGUUUACCCACCUAUCAAUGUGUUGCCAUCAUUAUCAAGAUUGAUGAAGUCUGCUAUUGGUAAGGGUAUGACCAGAGAAGAUCAUCCUGAAGUCUCAAAUCAAUUGUAUGCUAAUUAUGCCAUUGGUAAGGAUACUGCAGCCAUGAAGGCAGUCGUAGGAGAGGAAGCCUUGUCUGCUGAAGAUCUUUUGUAUUUAGAGUUUUUGAAGAAGUUUGAGAAUAAUUUCAUCAGUUAAGGAGCUUAUGAAGUCAGAUCUAUUUUCAAGUCAUUGGAUUUGGCUUGGAGAUUAUUAAGAAUCUUCCCUCCUGAAAAAUUAAAGAAGAUCAACAAAAAAAAUCUUGAAACUUAUUAUUAUAGAAGAAAGGAGGAUGAAGAUGACUUUGAUGGACCUUAAUAAUAAAAAGAAGAAAAAAUGAUUGUGAUGUAUCAAGUAAAAUAAGCAUUAAUCAUAUAAUACCAAAUUAUAGAAUUUUUCUAUUUUGUUUAUUUAAUAUACUGA